AUGGACGCCUACACAGAUACACGCCUGGACGAAUCCAAUUUUGGAGAGAAAAACGCCGCCAAAGUGGUGCAGGCCUUUGACGCAUUCCCAAAGACAAAACCUUCUUACACGCACCAAACUUCAAACGGCGGCGUCUGGACCGUCAUUCUCACCAUCGCAUCCAUCAUCUUGACCUGGACUGAGCUGCAACGAUGGUGGGCUGGGGAGACGACUCACGCUUAUGCAGUCGAGCAAGGCAUUGGUCAUGAUUUGCAAAUCAAUCUCGACGUGGUUGUAGCCAUGAAAUGCCAGGACUUGCAUGUGAACGUGCAAGAUGCAUCCGGUGAUCGCAUUCUGGCUGGCCAAGCACUUAAGAAAGACCCUACACUGUGGUCAGACUGGACGACCGAUCUCAAGCACACUCUGGGUACGACGAAACAGCAGCGCGUUAGCUUGGAUAGCAUCGGGGAAUAUCAGGAAGAGGAUGUGCAUGAUUAUCUGGGAGCUGCGCACAAGGGAAAGAAAUUCAAAAAGACACCUCGGGUGCCGCGACGUGUUCCUUCGAACAGUUGCCGGAUUUACGGCAGCAUAGACGGCAACAAAGUACAAGGUGAUUUCCAUAUCACUGCGAGAGGUCACGGAUACAAUGAUUUCGGCGAGCAUUUGGACCAUAAAAGUUUCAACUUCAGUCAUCACGUCAACGAGCUCUCCUUCGGCCCAUUCUAUCCAUCGUUGACCAAUCCUCUCGAUAAUACAUUUGCCACCACGAAUGGCAACUUCCACAAAUUCCAAUACUUCGUCUCCGUUGUCCCCACUAUCUACACCACGGAUGCCAAGUCGUUGCGCAGAGUUGACAAACAUGCCGAAUCACCCUCGUCUGGAGAGGACGGCUUGAAACACCACCCCAAACGUUACAGCAGGAAUACCGUAUUCACCAACCAAUACGCAGUAACGGAGCAGUCUCACGCGGUCUCAGAUAUGGCAAUCCCUGGCGUGUUCGUCAAGUACGACAUCGAGCCAAUACAGCUUACCAUCGCCGAAGAGUGGAGCUCGCUGCCAUCGCUUUUCAUUCGUUUGGUGAACGUCAUCUCUGGUGUACUAGUGGCAGGAGGGUGGUGUUAUCAAAUCAGCGAAUGGGCUGGCGAGUUGUAUGGUCGACGAGGGCGAAGAUCGCUUGGAUUCGGCAUGCUGCACGGGAAAUUUGACGAAAAGCAGGCUAGGUGA